AUGCAUCACCAUAAGGGGCGCUGUCCCCAAACCCCGCAGAGCCUCGUGCGCAGCAUCCAAUCAGCGGCACGAGAUUUCAGCACGUCUUUUAUCGCGAGAUCUUGGCUCUUCCUUUUCCCUUUUCGCUCUGAGUCCAAAAUGAUCUGUGCUCUUAGAGUAACUGAUGGAGCUCGCCGCAGGAUUCUGAAGGCUGGCGGACAGAUCAUGACCUUUGAUCAGCUCGCUCUGACUUCUCCAAAAGGACAGGGCACCGUGCUGCUGUCAGGACCUCGCAAAGGCAGGCAGGUGUACAGGCACUUUGGCAAAGCACCUGGAACUCCUCACAGCCACACAAAAAUUGACUCAGAGCGGAAGUUGUGGCGCUUCAGCGAUUGGAGAAUGUCUGUGGGUGUUACUCUGUUUUCCUUAUCGCGAUUGGAUUUCCUCUGCGCCCCUCAAAGCGUCUCCAAACCAGCCACGGACCCUUUCCUGCGCCGUGUCAGGCUUCCAGAGCACAGGACUGCCGUCAGAGUGGGACAAGAUGAGGAACAGAGAACUAAAGGAGGGCACGUGAAGCUUCACCAAAAACGUCGUCAUGACUUGACCUAA